AUGGCAGAUUCGUGCCCAUUAGAUUCGAGUUUAUACAACGGCAAAUGUAUGCCGGCGAUAUACGGGAGUGUGACUCCAGACCUCGUACCAUUCCAAUCCAACGCAACACAAUCCUCGCGUAUCGCCCCACUGGUAUAUACGGUGGAAGAGUCACGGAAGAAGGCAUCAGCAGAGCACGACUUUCCUUGGACAUUCUGGCCCGAGUGCUUUGCCAACGAAGACACACCAGAGCCAUUCUGCCUGUUCACCGACCAGAACUUUGCAAAUGGACGAGGCAUCUUCAUCGUCACCACGCAACCCCUAGCCUACGCCAUGCGCGAAAAGGACGCCUUCACCAAACCAGAGACAGCACUCGAGCGCUCAAAUAAGUACGAGAACCCACCAUUCUACCAACACGAGUUCCCCGGUAAAGGCCGCGGCCUCGUCGCAAACAAGACGCUCCACCCAGGCGACCAACUUUUCGCCUCCACCCCAAUCCUCAUCACCGACCCGGACCUCCACCAACUCGCCGAGCCCGAACGCCUCGCCCUCUUCCACCGCGGCGUCGCCACCCUGCCCCCCGCAACGCAAACGCUCUUCUGGAAACUCAUGGGCCGCAGCGCCGACGACGACGAAGUCGACGACCGCAUCACCACCAACAACUUCGAGCUCGUCAUCGACGACGUCUCGCAAUCCGGCCUCUUCCCCGAAAUCGCCAUGCUCAACCACGACUGCCGGCCCAACGCCGCGUACUUCUUCGACGAAAAAACUAUGACGCAUUUCGUGCACGCUACACGUACGAUUUACCCGGGUGAGGAAAUCACAAUCACGUAUAUCAAUAACGAGAGUCUGCGCGAUAAUCGCGUCAAGGGGUUACACAAGAACUGGGGUUUCAAAUGCGCUUGCUCGGCUUGUACGGCGCACUCUGCGCUCGUUGCAGAGUCCGAUGCGCGUGUCACACAAAUCGCUACGCUCAUGGAGGUCCUUAAUGACUACACGGAGAAGUCGAAUGCCUCCCCCGAGGUGGGCGAGCUAAUCAUCAGCCUGUAUAAGCAGGAACGUUUGGAUGCUAAUCUCGGCGUUGCGUAUCAGUACGCAGCUGAGGUGUAUAGUAGCUUUGGCAUGAGGUGGGAGGCCAUCAAGUAUGCGAAGCUUAGUGUCGAAAUGAGCAUGUUGGACAAGGGCUGGCACGACACGGAUGUGGUUAGUAUGCAGAAGAUGGCGGCGGCGCCCGAGUUGAGCUGGAGCUGGAAGAAGAGGGUUGGGCAGAAGGGGUGUGGGUGUGGGAGGGGUCAUUGA